CAACGUUUUAAAACCAUGCGAUCUUAGUCAGACUGUGUAGAGUUUGAAGUUUGUCGAGGUUGACGGUAGUUGAAUUAAAUUUAUCCGAUAAAAAUCGUACAAUAUGACUGCUAAUAUUUUGAAAAUUGUUUGCGGUUUUGUGUACGUUGUCAUCGUGUGUGUAAAUGCAGCUCCGUCAACAAAAUUACCUAAAGGCUUUAUCCAAUGCAAACAAAGUGAUCCUAAUUUUGAUACAUGUCUAAUGACAGGAGUUCAAAGUGCUAUUCCUCAUUUGGCAAAAGGUGUUCCAAGUUUGGGAAUUCUUAAAAUGGAUCCACUACGAAUCGAUAAAUUGCUAAUUGAUCAAGGUUCAGGGCCAGUUAGCAUUAAAUUGGAUUUUAAAAAUUUGGAUAUUGGUAACCUCAAAUCCAUUGUUAUAGAUAAAAUUCAUUUUAAUCCAGAAGGUAAUAAUGUGGAUAUUGAGUUACAUCCUUUAAAACCUAUAGUUAUGGAUGGAGAUUAUGAAAUAUCUGGAAAAGUAUUAAUUCUUCCAAUUGUAGGAAAGGGCAGAUGUAAAAUUAAUAUAGAUGUUUCAAAUCUUAUUGGUAAUAUUAAAUUGAAAACAGUAUUAAAGAACGGAAACAAGCAUUUGGAAAUUGUAAAUAUAUCAUGGACAUUCACAGCUUCAAAAUUAAAUUUAAAAUUUGAUAAUUUGUUUAACGGAGACAAAGCUUUAGGAGAUAACAUGAACGUAUUCUUAAACGAGAAUUGGCGUGAACUUUUAAUUGAACUGAAGCCGGCUAUUGAAGAGGUUUUUGGUACUGCCUUCAAAGAAAUUGGUCAACAAUUUUUUAACCGUAUUCCGUUAGAUCAAAUAAUUUUACCUUAAAUUUAGAUGUUUUAGCACGUAGGUUUUUUUUAUCAUUAUUUAUGGUAAAUAUAUUUUUACAGUUUACAAUUAUUGAUAAGCAUAAACGUUUUAUGGAUAUUAUUUCGGUAAAACGGGUAUCUAUAUUAUUUAUUGUACAAUUUAUAAUCAAUAUAAUGAGUGAUUGAUUAAUAUAAAUACAUAUUAAAAUGUAUUUUAGAGAUUUUAUGUAAUUAUAUGUAAUGUUACCACUACAGGUUUAAAUUUAAUUAUUUACAAUACAGUUAAUUAAAAAAACAUAUAAUAUUA